ACAGGAUACUUUUUGUUUUUGGUGUUACUAGUGAUAAUGCGAAUAGACUGACUAAAAAUAAUCUUUGCUCCAUUUUCAAUUAAAUACACUUUAUUAAAUAGAAUUUUAAAUUUCAGCAAUAGACAAUGCAUCUGACUUUACGGCUCCUAGGUAAUCGCCAUCCAUCAUUUAUUGCGCGUACAGUAUUUGUGCAAAACGAAAACGUUGAUGAUGCUUGUAGACUUAUUAACAGAAUCCUGGGGAAAGAAGGAAUCUUGGAACAAUACCGACUUACUAGAUAUUAUGAAAAGCCCUUCCAGGUAAGAAGAAGAGUAAACCAUCAAAAAUGCAAAGCAAUUUAUAAUGAAGAUAUGGAAAGAAAGAUACAAUUUGUACUCAGAAAAAAUCGUCAUGAGCCUUUUCCGGGAUGCCAUUAGAAUGUUGUGAAAGUGUAGUUGUAAUUAUGUAAUAUUAAAAUGAAAUAAAAGUCUUAAAUAAACAAUAGUUAAAAAGUAA